GCUGCACCUUCCUGUCGCUGUAUACAGGGGCAAAUUAGAGAAUUUUACAUUGGUUCUGCAACCUUCAGUGAUUGAAGACAUGACUGCCUUUAGACUGGAGUUUCUGUUUUUCACUGCUCUUCUGGGCUCAGUCAAAACACGAACUGUUGAUACAGCUGGCUUGACGAAUGUCCUGAUGGGUGCGGAUGACAACCUGACAGGUGACAUGUGUCAGGACUGCACUCAGAUUUUUGAGCUUCUGAAGGAACUCUUUUCCAAUGGGGACUUUCAGGCCAAAUUAACUUCCUCUCUUGAGAAAGUGUGUGAUCAGCUGCCUGCCCAGAUCAGUAAAAUCUGCCACACUGAGGUGGAAAAGAUGCUUCCUUUGGCCAUCACCUUCAUUACCAGCAUGAUGAAGCCCAGUGAGAUCUGUACAACUCUUGGAUUGUGUGGAGGACGUGACAGUGCCAAGAUGAGAGAGCUGUUCCUUAAUCACAUGUCAAAAACUCUACCAGUGCCAACUAUGAAGAUGGAGACGUCCAUUCAGUGCUCUGUUUGCACAUACAUUGUGAGCACACUUGAGUAUCUGUUUCCCAGAGAAAGGACUCAGAGCAUCAUAACUGUCCUGCUGGAGAGUUUGUGCAGAGAGUUUCCUCCUCUGGUUCAGCCACAGUGCAAUAAGAUAGUUGAAAAAUAUGUCCAGCUGUUGGUUGACAUGCUACUGAACAAUACUUCACCGAACUUCAUAUGCACUCUGCUUCGUAUUUGUGAAAUACGGGAGCUUCCCGUCAACGCGGCCGAGGUGCUUUCUGACUGUGAUUCCUGCCUUACAUUGGCAGUUUUGACUCAUAUGCAUCUGGGCUCCAAUGCCACCGAGCUCCAGGCUGCUUUAUUCCUGGACACCGUCUGCCAGCUGCACCCCAGUGCCAUGCCGAAGUGUGAGACUUUUGUGCAGCGUCAUGGGAACAGGCUCAGUGUGUUUCUGAGCAAACAGCAGGGGGCGCUGGACAUUUGUAAGAAGGCAGAUUUGUGUGUUUCUGGUGAGAAAGAGACUGUCAUUGCUGCUGACCCCUGUAGUCUCGGACCAAGCUACAGCUGCAGAGACCUCCAGACUGCUGUUGACUGUGGGGUAGUUUACUUCUGUCAGAAGAACGUGUGGGAAUAAUGUGUUUCAGCUGUCUGUACUACUUGCAGAGUCAAAGGUUAUUUGUGUGAGUUUGAGCAGUGUCUCAACAUUAAUGUAGCCUAUAUGAAAGGCUGAAGGACCUACUGGACCAACGCCACAGCAUUUUUCCUCCUUUCCUGGAUUUUCAUGGUUAUAUUUGCUUUUUGAGUUGAAAUUGAGGCUAACAAAUUCAUAGGCUUGGAUAAUAUCUUCAGCAAACAAGAUAACUCGUAUAAAAACAUGUUUUCUAUCGCAGACAAAAAUAAAUAGUUGCUUAAGCAACAUCAUUGAUCUCACGAUACUUUAUCAGUGGUUUGCACAAGCCAUCAGUGAGAUCAAUUCAAAGUUCACAUUAACAAUAUUAUCUUGCAUACAAAUCAUUACAUUGGGGGUGCAUAAACAUUUGAUCAGUGAUAAUGUACAUUUUUAAACCAAAAAGACACUUUUUGUGUUUAUAAGAGGUUGUAUUAUGCAAAUAUUUUCUGUAGUAACCAUAGUUUUGGUUAAAAGGACUAGUUAUUGGUCCUACAUUUUGUACAAGACAAAAAACUAUGAAUGUCACUAUAGUACUUGAUAUUAAACUAUUACUAUGGUAAAUUAUUGUAGGGCAUAUUAAAUGUUUAGUUUACUUGACACUG